AUGCCUGUUGCUACUAAUCAUGAACACGAUCGGCCUGCUUCCAUUCUAGUACCCAGUAGACGUGCCCCUCCCAGUUUUAGCCAGUCUUUGGAUCCAUUGCAUCCUAGUACGAAACUUCAAUAUAAUAAUUAUCUUUCAAGAGAUACUAUAAUCAGCAAUAAAAACGAUAUAUCGAGAAAUAGUACUUUAAAUUCAAUGGAUACAAUGGAAGUAGUUGCAUUGAAUAAUAGUGGUAGUAAUCAUACCAGUGGAAACAACAGUCGAACUAAAUUAGAUAAUGAAACUUAUGAAAUUGCAUUGUCAAUAUAUCAAAAUAAAUUUAAAAAAGUUUCAUUUAAAGGAUAUGCAGAUUAUUUAGGACAAAAAGAACAUUACAGAAUAUUAUGUGAGUAUAUUCAAUUAUUAAAACCAUUACCUUUAUCAUUAGCAUCCGUUUUGAUUCAUUUUUCUAAUAAAAUAUAUUUUAUCGCAGAAGCUCAAAAUAUUGAUAGAAUAUUAGAACAAAUAAGUAAAGAAUGGAUUGCAGAAUAUCCAGAUACUUUAUGGGAAACAAAUUAUGAAAUUGUUCAUAUUAUCCUUUUUUCAAUUCUUAUAUUAAACAGUGAUUUACACAACGAACAUAUUAUUCGUGGUAAGAAAGAUAAAUUUUCUGCCCAAACUUUUAUUGCUAAUACUUGGUAUGCUAUCGAAAAAGAAGUCAAGACAAAUUAUCAAGAGAUAGAUCUUGUUAGUAUUAAACAGCAAGCCGAUAUAUUGUUUAAAGAAUAUUAUGAUAUUUUAAAAAAUAAUCCAUUGCCAUUAUUUAAAGGACCAAGACGUAGUUUUUCAAAUUCACGUAGAAAUUCUUUAAAUUUAUCAAGAAGAAAUUCAAUGAGAUCAAUGUCACAUGUUAAGAAAAUGAGUUCUGCAAUGUCUGAUUGUGAUGAUCAUAAUUCUCAGACAAGUCUAAGGACAAGAUCACAAUCUGUUAAUAUAUCUAAUGCAUUGUCAAGAUCCAAUUCCAUUUCUUCUAAGAAGACAAUGAAUUCAACUUUUUCAAAAGGCACAGCAAGUUGGAAAUAUAAGCAUAAUCAACCGUUACCACAAUUAUAUAUAAAGCAAUCAUUUGACGAAAAUAUGAAUAGAAUGAAUAAUACAAUGUGGUUAAUGGAUUCGAUUAUUAAGAUAAAUGAAAAGAAUUUAAAUAAAAUGACUAGUAAAAGAAACAAUAAUAAUAGGAAUCAGGAAUCUAAUGGGAAUAAUAAUAAUAGUUUGAAUAUCAAAACAGAUUCAGUAAAUUUAGCAACAACGUCGUCAUCGUCAUCGUCGUCUGCAGUAUCAGCUGUUUCUUCAUCAGUGAAGUCUCAUUCAAAAGGUAUUUUUAAUUGGUUGAGAAGAUCAAAGGGAAAAACUAUGUAUCAGGAGUCCGGGAAAUCAAUGACAUACUUAGACAGUUCUACCAGAUGGACUAAUGCUAGAAUUCGUAUCUCUGAGGGUAGAAUAUUCAUAUUCAAAACUAAUAAUGGCAACAAUGCUAGUAGUAAGAGUCAGAAUAGUAAUAAAACACGUCAUGUUUCAACAGGUACAGCACAAAAUAGUGCUAAAACUCCAUUACCGCAACAACAAAAGUCUGCAUCAUCCUCAUCCUCAAAUAAUCGACUGUUCUCAAGUGGUUCAACAUUAUCAUUACCUUUGACUUCAAGCAAAGGCUCCCACACAAGCAAUGAAAGUAAAGAUUCGGUCCAGAAUAUAAACUGUGUCGUAUUAAACCUAUUUGAAUGUACAGCAUCUGUUGUUCAAGAAAAUAUAAUUACAGGAAACCAAUCUAAAAAAGCAAAUUUCACAUUGACAUUUCCUAAAAAUCUUAAUGGUGUUCAAACGACAUUGGAUUUCGAGACUCCAAAUUUUCAAUUGGCUCAUGACUUUGUUGAAUGUUUGAAUUUUUGGUCAGGUAGGUUAAGUCCAGUCCCUGUUGAACAAUUUGAAAUUGUUUCCAAUGAAGAAUAUGGUUGGAGUUCCAGGAUCUUAAAUGAUGAGCAUACAACCUCACAGUCACUAAAUAAUGCACAUUUGUGUGAAUGGAAACCUCUUUUAACAAUGGAACUAUUUUAUGAUCAUAUGGACGAAAUACCUGGAAAGUUGCCUUUACAACAAAAAAUUGAAGAAUUAAAAAUUUUUACUGAUAGAUUAAGUAAAUUAAUCGAUGAACACAAUGAUUUGAAACCAAAAAUUAUAAGCAUAUGGGAUCGUUCUGUGAACUUCGACAAAGUUAUGGACAAUUGGAAUGCUAAAUACCUUUUCUUGAACAGUCAAUAUAAUAAGAGAGUGAUUUAUUUAGCUGCAUUAGAAGAGUCUCUAGAGAUUCUUCAAGAGAGAGACUUAGAAAUGGAAUAG